AUGUCAUUUGCAGGGUCCACCACUGAUAUUUCUCAGAGGUUUACUUUGGGGAAUGGCUUCAUGAACUGGCUCGAUGCUCAGGCUUACUGCAGGAAACUGCACACAGACCUGGCCAGAGUGCGGAACCAGCUUGAAAAUGAGCAGCUGCAGAGGAUUGUGAACAUCAGCCCGGUAUGGAUUGGGUUGACGGGCAUGUCCUGGAUAUGGUCCGAUGGGAGCGAACCCUCAUUCACACCCUGGAGACCGAUUCGCGGACUCGGUGACUGUAGCGUACUUGUGGCCAACAGCGACGCUCUUGUAAUGACAGACCUGAGUUGCGAUGAAAAACUGCCCUUUUUUUGCUACAGUGAUCCACAGAGGAAACACUUAAUGAGACUGCAGCUGACUGCUGACGACAAGUCUGUGGACAUGAAAGACCCGGCUGUGAUGGAGGCAGUCUUGAAAUGGGUGGAAAGGAAGCUGAAAGAUGAAGGUGCAUCUGAAGAUGUCAAACUGAGCUGGUCGAGGCUUCCAAAGAAGGAAAAAAACACAAAUCAAGAACAAACAAAAACAAUUCAAACAGUGGAAGAGUGUCUUCAAUGAUUCAUUUUUUGUUGUGUUUUUUCCUUUUGGCUUGUUUGAAUAUCUGCGUGAAAAAUAUUUCUUAUUUUAACAUAAUGCAAUGCCAGAAGUCUGAAUUACAUUAAAAGUUCUGUUCAUUUCAAUAAAUCU